GUGGGAUCUUGAGGUGAGGCCGAAGACGGCGAACACAUCUGAACACAUCUCCGGUCAGCGUCAUCCUGAGUCAUGCCUUCUGCUGUACCAACUGUCCUCCUGAUGGGGGCGCUGUUGGUCGCGUCAGCUUUUGCUCAAUCUUACGACGACGCUCAAAUGGUUGAAUUGUGUGCCAACAUGGAGCUGGAAGAAUGUCCCAGUGAUACUAUGUGUGGGGUGUACCGCCUCAAUGAAAACAGCUGUGUCAAAUUAUCAUCCAUGCAAGAGAAUUUCGAAGCGGCAGAGAGAUUGUGCAAAUUUAUCAAGGGUAAAGUGGUCAAAGUGGAAAAUGAGGAGGAGCACAAGAAGCUGCUGUGUAUGAUGUACCGGCUGUACCCAAAGCCGCUCAGCUACUGGAUCAGUUCUGUACGACGACAGGGUAGUGAAUUCCGGUGGGUUGAUGGCAAUGGAAAUGUGACAUUUGCUCCAUGGCAUUCAACUCCACCCAGCUAUGGAAGGGAACCGGACUGUGUGUGGAUGAACUCUGACACCUGGGGUCCGUGGGACAAAGGCAAUUGUCGAAUGAGACAAUCUGUGGCAUGUCAGAUACCAAUGUGAUUGUUUGUUCCUCCAAGAGUCAACAAGAGCAGCCACUCACUUUGUCUCGUCGAGAGCAGAAACAUGCUUUUACAGGCAUUGUAAUAAACUUCAAGCA